CAGAGGAAUGGUAUAAAGGGUGUCCUGGCCCCUGCCCAGCUCAGCACUCCACAGGAAGCCUCUGCCUUGGUCCCCACCAUCAAGUUGAUUGACCUACAACACUUUCCAAGAUGUCCCAACAAUACAAACUGCCGGUGACCCUCCCUACUGCCCUUUGUCAGGAGCUCCUCAAGACUUCUUCUCCUCCAGCUGGUUUCCAACAGGAGCAAACAGUGCAGCCAACUCCACUGCCUGCCCCAUGCCAGAACAUGUCCUCUGAACUUCCAGUGGAGGUCUCCUCAAAGCUUGAGGAGAAACCUGCAAAUCCUGUGAAGGGGGAGCCUGAACAAGAGUGCCCACAGCAGGAAGGGCCUCAGCAGGAGGAGCCACAGGUACAGGAAGUGCAUGUGGAACGCCAGCAGGAGGAGCCACAGGUACAGGAAGUGCAUGUGGAACGCCAGCAGGAGAAGCCACAGGUACAGGAAGUGCAUGUGGAGCGCCAGCAGGAGGAGCCACAGGUACAGGAAGUGCAUGUGGAACGCCAGCAGGAGGAGCCACAGGUACAGGAAGUGCAUGUGGAACGCCAGCAGGAGGAGCCACAGGUACAGGAAGUGCAUGUGGAACGCCAGCAGGAGGAGCCACAGGUACAGGAAGUGCAUGUGGAACACCAGCAGGAGGAGCCACAGGUACAGGAAGUGCAUGUGGAGCACCAGCAGGAGGAGCCACAGGUACAGGAAGUGCAUGUGGAACACCAGCAGGAGGAAGGCCCUCAGGUACAGGAAGUGCAUGUGGAACACCAGCAGGAGGAGCCACAGGCACAGGAAGUGCAUGUGGAACACCAACAGGAGGAGCCACAGGUACAGGAAGUGCAUGUGGAGCACCAGCAGGAGGAGCCACAGGUACAGGAAGUGCAUGUGGAACACCAGCAGGAGGAGCCACAGGUACAGGAAGUGCAUGUGGAACACCAGCAGGAGGAGCCACAGGUACAGGAAGUGCAUGUGGAGCACCAAAAGCAGUCAGAAUCACAGGAGCCAGAAGUACAUGAGAGACACCAGCAAGAGAAGCCACAGGAACAAGAGGUCCAUGUGGAACUGAAACAGCAGCAGGAACAGCACGAGGAACAUCAUGGUGCAGAAAGCCAGGAACAGCAGCUUGAACAAGAGGAAACACAACGGGAGCAGCAGCAGAAGACACAGCUGGAACAGGAAAAGCAGCUCUUGGAUCAGCACCUGGAUCAAGAGCUAGCAAAGAGAGAAGAGCACAUGUCAAAAAAAGAACAGGCCUUGGAGCAACCUGAAUUUGUUUCCACAUCCAGUCAGGUGCAAGAGGUAUAUCCAGUUCUGCCAGCAGAAAGAGAAGCUCUGCACCCCACAAAGCAGCUGCAGCAGAAGUAG